AUGGAUGUUACCGCAAGAACGCAGGAUACCGCCCGUCCUCGUAGCUCGAAGAGAAGUAUGCAGGCUGCAUUCCAUCCCACCGAAACCACUGCCAGCCAAUCACGCUCAGCGAGCAGUGGCAAGCCUGGCAGUGCAUUGCAAUCGACCGCUCAGCUAGCGCCUCCCAGCACGGCCAGUUCUUCUCGACAUAGAAAAACAGAACGCCUUGAUGCCGUACAGAGGGACCCACCAUCGCUACCAACAGCUCCGGUGAUCGUGCGGGACGAGUCUCGGAAUGUAACUAAUUCAUUCCACGGGCAUCAGAAGAAGAAGGACAGAACAAGCUCACCUGAUCGCAAGCACUCGAGCCAUUCAACCCGUUCUCACCGUAUCAAAGCGCUACCCUCCGUACCAGAUGAUCCUGAGGCCGACCGUAAAUCUGGCACGAUGUGGCGCACUCUCGACGAACCAAAAUAUGAACAGGCAAAGAAGGAAGUGGAAGAGCUGCGGAAGUCUGCUAGCGAUACGAAGAAACUGCUGAAAAAGCAGAGCAAAAAAUCAUUCCAGCAUAUACAGGAAUUGAAUGCUCAAAUUACAGCGUUGAAUCAGGCAAAGAAAGAACAAGAGCUGCAGUUCCAGCUGUUGAAAACGAAAGCGAGUAAACAUGAAGAUCUUGUUUCGACCAUCGAGACUUCCCUUCAAUGUCAAAUAUGCAUUGAUACCAUGACCAAGCCUCAAGCCCUAGCACCAUGUGGGCAUGUAUUCUGUCUUUCAUGCCUCCAGGCUUGGUUCGGCAAAGGCCCAUCGUCCGACGAUGGCUCAGAGGAUCCCGUAUUGGAUCCAGAAUAUAUUAUGAGCCGACCCAAAUCGUGUCCUUGCUGCCGCGCUUCAGUAACAAAGAAGCCUGCCCCAAUUUUUGUCAUUAGGGACAUAGCUCUCGCCGUCAACAAGGCUAAAAACGGCAAUGCCGACACCGCAGAAGGGGCCGAGACCGAUAACAUGGAUGUCGAUCCAUGGUCAGGUAUCUUCCCGUCCUCUGACGAUGAGGAUGACAUAUACGACCCCGAUUUCAUGGAUGAAUACGGAGCUGGCGAUCCGGUCAUCGACCCUGGCAUGCUAGAUAUGUUCAUGGGGCAUUGGGGUAACAUAGGCUUUGACAGCGACAGCGACAUCGACGACCUGGAAGGCAUCAACCGUGGGGCGCGGAUAUCCGAUGAUGAUGACGAUGAAGAAGAAGACGACGAUGAUGAGAGCGAAUCCGCCUUUGACCGGGAAGACAUAUACAUCCCUAUGCGAUGGGAACCACCGUCAGUGCCUGCGGCAGACAUUUCUCGCCGACUAUUGGACUCAGUCCCCGAACAAGUAGGGAAGCUACUUCGACGUGGAUGUCCACUCUCCAUGAUCGAGGCAUACCACAUGACGUACUCACACGACGAGGGUAUCACUGCCACCGUCGAGAGCGUGAGAAGGGGGGGCCUGAUACUGUCCGGACGCCUCACCUUGUUCUUGGGCUGGAAUAUCGAGCAUUACGACAGCGACGAAGACUUCAUCGACAGAAUGCUGGCCGACCUCAGCGAGCACCCCGAAAGAUGGGACAUGAGGCCUACGGGAAGGGACAACUGGGAGGCACGCAAGCUCGUUUCGCUGUCCGACGCAGACAGCGACGAGUAUGAUAUCUCGGACAGCGACGUGGAAAUGCAGGGUUUCUAA